GUCGUAAGAUAGAUAAGAGAUAAAAUCUGCGAAAGCAAUGGGGUUACGUGUUGUGUCUCUCAAAAUAUUUUCUUUAGUAUUUAUUGUCAGCAGAUGUAGUGAAAAUGUUGACAAAAGAAUUCUGUUAAAUGACCCUGAUUUGUUCCAUUCUCAGAUACAAGCCCUACAGCAGGAUCUUCUGAACGUGAAAACUCAACUGAAUGCACAAGUCAACACUAACAGUGCUCAGCAAGCAGAAAUUAACUCACUCAAACGCUCAACAAACCAGCAUACGAACCAAGGAGCAACGUAUACAGUCUGGGGUAAAAGAAGCUGUCCAGCUAAGAACGGCACUGAUAUGAUCUAUAGUGGAAUUGUCGGUGGAGGCAGAUAUACCGCACCAGGAAACGGUGGCAAUACGCUCUGUCUUCCUCACAAUCCAGAUCCCACUCCGGCAGAUUUUCCUACUCAUUACGAAUCAGACAACCCAAGUCUCACUGGUAACUUGUAUGGGGCCGAGUAUCAAUACACAUACAGGAAUAUUGCAGUAGACGAUGAUGUUCCCUGCGCAGUUUGCUUCGCUACGCAUUCGUCGUCCAUCAUCAUGAUACCUGCAAAAACCACCUGUCCCGUGGGAUGGACAACCGAGUAUUUUGGAGUCUUGACAGCUAAUUGUGAACAUAGUAGUUAUGUACAGCAUGAGUAUCUGUGCGUUGACGAAGAUGCCGAAUACCUCCAGGAAGGAACUCGUCAACAGGACUACAAUGGACGACUAUUCUACCCUGUUAAAGCAAAGUGUGGAUCUCUUCCAUGCCCGCCAUAUCAGCAGGCACAACUCAUUUCUUGUGUAGUUUGCUCCAAGUAGAUUUCAAUAAAAGCAUAUUGAUGCCAUCCAUAGUAUCUGACAAAA